UGAAUGAAGUUCGGCAGUCGUCACAAUAAUCUACAGCUAUCAGAUUUCGCGCAUCUAAACCUAGAAUCAUACUUAGGCUAAAAAGAAGAAGCAGAUAACCAUAAACAUGCCCGUGUUUACAGUGAACGUAAAAUGGGGAAAGGAAAAAUUCGACGCCGUGGAGUUGAACACAGAGGAGCCUCCUAUGGUGUUUAAGGCUCAGCUCUUCGCCUUGACAGGUGUGCAGCCAGAGAGACAGAAAGUCAUGGUAAAAGGAGGCACACUUAAGGAUGACGAGUGGGGAAACAUCAAAUUAAAGAAUGGAAUGACCUUGCUGAUGAUGGGUUCUGCUGAUGCCCUGCCUGAAGAACCCGCCGUCAGACCCAUGUUUGUGGAGGACAUGACGGAGGAGCAGCUUGCCUCAGCCAUGGAGCUGCCGUGUGGUUUGACUAACCUGGGUAACACUUGCUACAUGAACGCCACGGUCCAAUGCCUGCGCUCUGUGCCUGAACUCAAGAACGCUCUCAGGAGGUAUUCUGGAGCUUUGAGAUCAUCUAGUGCCAACGCCCCCUCCCAGUACAUCACAGCAGCCCUGCGGGAUCUGUACGAGUCCAUGGACAGGACCUCCUCCAGCAUACCUCCCAUUAUCCUACUGCAGUUCCUGCACAUGGCCUUCCCGCAGUUCGCUGAGAAAGGAGACCAGGGCCAAUACCUGCAGCAGGAUGCUAAUGAGUGCUGGGUACAGGUCAUGCGAGUCCUACAGCAGAAGUUGGAGCCCCAGGAACCUGACACACCUAUGGAGACAGAUGGUGAAAGUGGAGCUGCUGCACCUACAGCAAAGAAGAAUUUCAUUGACCAGUUUUUUGGCGUGGAAUUUGAGACUACCAUGAAAUGUACAGAGUCUGAGGAUGAGGAUCCCGCCAAAGGCACAGAGAGCCAGCUUCAGCUCAGCUGCUUCAUCAACCAGGAGGUCAAAUACCUGGCUACUGGACUCCGACUGCGACUGCAAGAGGAGAUAACAAAACACUCUCCGACCCUGGACAGAAACGCUCUCUAUAUCAAAUCAUCUAAAAUCAGCCGCCUGCCUGCUUAUCUAACCGUUCAAAUGGUCCGAUUCUUCUAUAAAGAGAAGGAGUCCGUCAAUGCCAAAGUCCUUAAGGAUGUGAAGUUUCCCCUCAUGCUGGACGUUUAUGAGCUGUGUACCACAGAGCUGCAGGAGAAGAUGGUGCCCCUCAGAUCUAAGUUUAAAGAGAUGGAGGACAAGAAGCUGGAGAAACAGCAGCAGAAGGUGGACAAGAAAGCGGAUGCACAAAAAGAAGUGAAAUAUGAGCCCUUUUCAUUCGCCGAUGACUUUGGCUCCAAUAACAGUGGUUACUAUGACCUCCAGGCCGUGCUGACACAUCAGGGCCGCUCCAGCUCCUCCGGUCACUACGUGGCCUGGGUCAAAAGGAAAGAAGAUGAAUGGGUGAAAUUUGACGAUGACAAAGUGAGUGUGGUGACGCCGGAGGACAUUCUGAAGCUGUCUGGGGGCGGAGACUGGCAUAUAGCUUACGUCCUACUGUACGGACCCCGACGUCUUGAGACACUUCAACAAGAGUAAUUAAAGAAAGGAAAAAAAACAAGAAGAACCCAACACAAACACACAUAAAUGCCAUUUUUUUUUUUUCAAAAGCACUGUCUGCAUAGAUGUGCAAUAAAUCCUCGUGUCUUUAAAAUCUGACCUUAACUUUUUUUUUUUUUGUGCGUGUGAAUUUUGGUAUAAAACAAACAAAAAACGACACAAAUGCUUCUAAAUCAUCUUUGUGCAUCAGUAUGGAAGCAACACGUCAUGUAAAAUAUUAUGUUUUUUUUUUUUCCUCCACUUUUCCACAUGGAUCAUAAGAGUUUGGAGAUUUUGGCCGUCGCUUGACUUGAUCCUGGGAUGGGUCUGGAAAUCCGUGUCCUGGUUUUCCUAAAUGUUUUAUAUAUACACUGUAUAUUUUUAAAGCCUUUGGCAGUGUGUUCAUGCUUAUGACAUAGUACCAUGGUAUCCCUCCGCAGUCAUAAAAAAAGAAAUGUAAUUAAUUGACUUAUUGAUGUUGUUAGCCAGGUGAAAAAAAAAAACAGACUGUGCUAUUCAAAUACAUACCAACAUUGGAGGAAAACUGUUUUGAUAUAGAGGUGGGGGUUUGCCUACGGAAACCACAGAAAACGACGCGUUUCUUACUGCUGAGAUGUGUAUAUCAAUAAGAAAUGGUUUGUUUGGCCAUUUUUUCUCUUGCAAAUGUUGUGUUUGUUGGGAGUAGUCUCUUUAACAGGCCAUUUCAUCUCAACGAUAAGCUUAUGUUCUUCACACAGGUUGUCUUUACUGCACAUCUCAAACUUGGUCAUACCAAGUCUUCUAUUCUAGUCACCUGAUCACAACUGUGUAUGAAAUGACUUCAAGCUAACACUUCCCUGUUGUAAGUUAUUGACUGCUGGCUUUUGAUAAACAGUGGAAAACAAUAAAUAAACUUAUACCAAGAUUA